AUGUUGGCAGACAAUCUCUUGUUCGGUUCACUAUUGGAUACAUGGUGGCAAUUGGCUAUCCCCAAAAAGACCAAGCAGAAAUUGACUGAGGAAGAGCUGCUGGUCUUACAAUCUCACCUAGAAGAAUGGAAGGAAGCAACCGGUAAGGAUAGGAAAAUGAUUUUGAGGGCGGUCAUAAAAGAGGCCAAGAUGCAAGCCCCUAAGAUGGAUGCCUGGCUGUUGAAGAAAAGGAAAUCUAUGUACCGGGACUGGUUAUAUAACUGGAGAGCUAAAAAGACACUUAAAAAACAAAGCAAGUUCAGUAAGAAAUGGACUACCCGGUUGGUGAUAGAACACCAGUACAAGAAGGAGAUCCUUGAAAAGACCGGAGCAAGGCCAGGAGGGAAGGAAAUGAUUAAACACUACCAGGGUGCGGUCAAUGCAAUUAUGGCCGAUUUAUCUGAAGAGCAGCUGGAGGAAGCAAAUAAGACUGCAAUAGAAUGGUCUAGCAGUGCUCCUCCUACAGAUGUCCAGGCUGAGUUCGCUCAGAAGAAAGCUCCUGAUAUGAUGAAGGAUCUUGCGACUCAGUUAUGGAGGCAGGCCAGUAUGAGGAUAUUCAUAUUGUCUGCAUGGAAAACCGAGGAAGGUGAAGUGAGGAUCAAUGGAAUUGACUUCAAUGAAAAGUUAGAGGGCAAUAGUUUCACAAAUACAAAGGACUGGAAGCCCAUGUUACCAGAGUGGAAUGCCUAUGUCGGAGAAGAGUUUGCAAUUGACCGGAAUGAUGAUGAUAAUGGCAAUGAGGAUGCAGAUGGAAAGGAGAGCAGAAACCAAAGGAGAAAGAAGGAGUUCACUUUAGAGGUCGAGGCCUAUGGGCUUCCGGUCAUACCAGAUAUUGAGUCCCUCAACUUAGAAAACAAAAAGUCUCUUAUCCAGACAUUCCUCACAAAACACUACAUGAUGGAGGCUCAAGAGAAUUUCAUCGAGCCCAAGUUUUUACCUACCAGUGGAAAGAUCAAGGACCCGUCCAAGCUUCAGUUGCAUGAAGCUAACCGGCUCUUGCAGUUCUGGCAUCAGAGACAAAAGGACAAGGUUUGGCCAACAUUUGAAUUCAAAGGCUGGCAAGACCAUGAGAAGGAGAUGAGGGAACCAGUGGAGAAGAUCUCAGAGAGUGACUCUAGCACAACAUGCAGUCCAGUAACAGCAAAGGCCAGAGGCCCGGUUCAAAAACCAACCAGCAGGUCAACCAGAAAGUCAUCUGGCAAGUCAACCAGCAGGGUGGAACCGGAGUCAGGCAGUGAGGGUGAGGAUGGUGAAGGUGAGGUGAAAAUGAAACCGGCAGGGUUGACCGGAAAGUCAUCUGGCAAGUCAACCAGCAGGGUGGAGCCAGAGUCAAGCAGUGAGGGCAAGGAUGGUAAAGGUGAAGGUGAAGGUGAAGGUGAAAACGACGAAGCCCGAUUACUGCCAUCCAACCGGAAAUCGACCAGAAAGCCAGGCAAAGCUGUCCAAUCUAUUCCGGUUAAAAAACCACCUGCCAAGUCAACCAGAAAAUUAUCCGGUAAGCUGGCUGGAAGGGUGGAACUGGAGUCAAGUGGUGAGGACGAGAAUGGGGAUGAAGAAGGCGAUGCUGAAGUCCAAUCACCGCCCCUAGAGCAUCAAUCUAUUGGAAAGCAAAUCAAAGCAGUCAGAUUUUAUCCAGAGGAAGAUUCCGGCCCAUUGGUCAAGAAAUCUAAAUCAAAUAUUAUUGGGUGCAACAUACCACUGGAGGACAAUGCUGGCACUCCUUCAGCAGGAUCAUCCAGCAAUCAUUCUACAGCCCCACUGCCUCCCAAAACUGCAUCGAGAAGUAGCUUUGUUGGUCCUGCAUCAGCCGGUUGA